AUGAAAUGGAUAUUGCCCACAAUUAUUUUUUCACUGUGUUUUACAGAACCCAGAGGAGAAAACGCAGAAGAAAAGGAACAUGUUCAUGAAACAAUGUCAGUUUAGCAUCUUUUUUUUACAAUUUGUAUAUGCUUUUUGAACUCUUUUAAUGAGACUUUUUUUAAGUUUUGACAAGCUACACGAAUGCACGAUGGAAAAAUGCUUUGAUUGGAGUAAGUGUCAAAACAACAACAUGAAAGUGUAUGUCUAUCCAACAAAUCCAUCUACUAUUAUUUCUCCGGCAUACUCGAAGAUUCUUCGAGUGUUAAGGGAAAGUUUUUACUACACAGACAAGCCAGAAGAAGCUUGUAUAUUUGUUUUAAGCUUGGACACGACAGAUCGGGAUAGAUUGAGGUAUGGUGCUUUACUUUUCCUUGUUUUAAAUGUUUAGGUAGCUGAAAUUUUGUAAACGUUAGUUUAAUUUUAGUGAGAAUUAUGUCAAGGAUCUACCGGUACAAAUAAGUUCAUUAGAACUGUGGAACGAAGGCCGGAAUCACUUGAUAUACAACUUGUACUAUGGGACGUACCCUGAAUACUCUCAGAAGGAUAUUGGGUUUGAUCCAGGCUAUGCUAUGAUGGCAUGGGCUUCUGCUAAUGAAGUUGUAAGUUUUUUUUAUUGUUUGUUUAAAUUUUAGGCUUAUUCGAGAAGGUUUGAUAUUGUUUUUGGAUGGUUUUGUGAUCAACGGCAGUAUAGAUUACCUUUAGCAUGUUUAAAUGGUCUUUUUACACUUUUUAAUAAAUAUUAUAAAGUUAAUGUUGUUAUUAAAAGGUAAAACUAAUCUUUAUGCUUUACAAAUCAAGAUUUUUAACUUUUUAGACUUUUCGGCACGGCUUUGACAUCUCUUUUCCUUUGUUCCACACUACUCAUCCGUUAAGGAGAAGGCCAUCUCUGUUUCGAGUUAAGAAUCCAAAUGUAGAUGAACACCUUGUGAGUUUUAAAGGUAAAAGGUAUGUCUAUGGUAUUGGAUCAACAACUAGAGACAAUCUGUAUCAUCUUCAUAAUGGAAAUUCAAGUGUUAUUGCCACCACUUGUAAACAUAACACUGAUUGGGAAAAGUUCAAGGAUUCUCGAUGUGAAAGGGACAACAAAGAGUAUGAUAAGUAAGUUGAGUGGUUAUUGUUGAUUUUAUGAAGGUUUGUAUCUUCAAUAUUUAAAAUGAAAGCAUUUUGUUUUAAUGUCUAAAAAUAUAAUUUUAUAGGUAUGACUAUCAACACCUUCUUUACAACUCCUCAUUUUGCUUAACUCCUCGAGGGCGAAGGCUGGGUUCAUAUAGGUUUUUGGAAGCUCUCUCUACUGGCUGUAUUCCGGUGGUACUAUCAGAUGGAUGGGUGUUGCCAUUCUCGGAAGCCAUUGAUUGGAAGAAGGCAGCUAUACACUCUCCUGAAGAUCAGGUUUUCUUUGUAUGUCAAAGAUUUUUAAUAAUUUAUAUUUCUUCUUCAAGAAGUUUAAGAUUUCUUAAAUGUAAGAUUGUUAUAAGACUUUAUGUUUCUGUUUAGAUUACCGAUGAUCUUUCUCAAAUUUCAACGUCCCAGAUAGUGGGAAUGAGCACAUUUGGUCAGCUUUUGAACCAUAAGUUCUUUGGAAGCAUCGAAAAGAUGGUUGUUUCUACUUUGAAGGUAACUUCUUUUACUUUUCUUAUCUUUUUUUUAAAUAAGGUGUUUCCACCUUCUUUUAGGCUUGAUUUAAAAAAAAUGUUUUGAACAUCAGUUAAUGGCCAGUAUAAUAUAAAAAUUGAUUUUCAGAUAGUGUUUAACAGAUUAUAUCAGCCAAAGCCUUUUGAAUUCUUUGAUAUUGAUGUAAAAUACGAGGAAAUAUUCACCUUUGUCAUACAAUGUCACAGAAAGUACUCGAAUAGAUUAAACAAGAUUGUCGACAUUGUCAAGGGAUUGGACAAGGCUCAGCAAGUAAGUUUUGGCAGCAGUCGCUUUAAAAUCGCUUAAUAAAUCCUUAGGUUAAAAAUAAAGAAAAUGGUUUUCAGAUAGUCAUUUUAUGGCCAAAAAUCCGUGGCCAAUCCCCAGAUUCAUCAGCUUUUGACCAUCUUAAUCGGCCAGUUGUAAUACGAGAAGUUGAUGACUUCGAUCAAAGAAAUUUUUUGGAUCUGGACCGUAAAACAAUAUUAGGAGCAUACAUUGUUACCAUAGACGAGAGAAUCAAGGUGACAGAAGAAGAGAUCCGGAACUUGAUGAAAAAUGCCAUAGCGGCCCAGAAUCGACUGGUCACUUAUCAUGCUGUAUAUGCUUCGGUAAGGUUCCGGGCCAAAAUAAGGUUUAGAAAGGGAUUUUAUAAGUCAAAAAGGUUUAGAAAUUAAUUUUAUGCUGAACACUAUCUUUUAUUAACAAAUUUUUCAGGCUCUACCCAACAAAACAGUCGCAGUAUCAAAAGAACCAGCCAGCUCCAAAAUUGGGCUUUUGAAUUUGGCGGCUUUUCCAAGCUCUUUUAUCAACGAAUUCGGUUAUUUUACUCAAAAACUGAAAAAUAUAGGACAGAGUGGACAAUGUCAAACAGUUUUGUUUAAUAUAAUGAUCAGUGACUUCGUUAUAGCACCACCAAUCAACAUUGGAAACUCGUCCUUACCUACUUUUGUUAAUCCUCAACAUUACAGCUCGUGCUUGAAUAAGGUUAGUUGAUUUUACAGGUCAUGUGUAAUUUAAAAAGGUUUUUUAUAGUCUACAGGGACUUCUCGAAUGUUUGAAUGCUUAAUUUUGCCGAUUUUUUAAAAUUUAUGUGUUGUUUUAGGUGAUUCGAGCUGGUGACUACUACAACCUGGAAAUCCCUGUAAUAUAA